UUUUCUAUUUAAAGGGAGUAGUAGAGGACGAUAGUAAAAGAGAAGCAAGUUGAGGUACAAUAGCCAUUAGCUAGCUAGAAUGGCAUUUACUCAACUUCUGCUUAUUGUUUUCUCAUUGGCUCUCUCCCAAGCCACAUCUUCAGCUACAAUAAAACCUGUCCCUUAUGCCCAACCUUUCAAUAAGACAAGUUUUCCAAAAGGCUUCAUUUUUGGAGCUGGGACAGCUUCUUACCAGUCUGAAGGAGCAGCAUCCUUAGAUGGAAGGGGUCCGAAUAUAUGGGAUGCUUUUACUCGUGAACAUCCAGAGAAAAUAUGGGAUCGAAGUAAUGGAGAUGUAGCUGUGGAUUUUUAUCAUCGUUAUAAGGAUGACAUCAAAUUGAUGAAGAAAGUUGGUUUGGACUCUUUCAGAUUUUCCAUCGGAUGGUCAAGAAUAUUCCCAAAGGGAACACUCAGAGAAGGCGUCAAUCCACUAGGCGUUAAAUACUACAAUGAUCUGAUCAACGAGCUUCUAGCCAAUGGAAUCAAGCCAUUUGUGACGUUAUUUCAUUUUGACACACCAUUAGCACUUGAAAAAGAUUAUGCCGGCUGGUUGAGCCCUAAGAUAGUGAAGGACUACUCAGACUAUGCAAAUUUUUGUUUCAAGACAUUUGGAGAUCGAGUAAAAUAUUGGGUUACUAUAAAUGAGCCCAAUAGUUUUACCAUGAAUGCUUAUAAUUUUGGCACAUUUGCCCCUGGCCGAUGUUCCAAGCACGCCGGGAAUUGUACUGCUGGUAACUCAGCCACUGAACCCUACAUUGCAGCCCACCAUUUGCUUCUUGCUCAUGCCAAUGGUGUAAAAAUAUACAGGGAAAAAUAUCAGGCACAGCAAAAGGGAAAAAUUGGGAUUACCAUUGUUACUCAUUGGUUUGAACCAAAACACAAAACAACAGCUGAUCAAAGGGCAGCUUCUAGAGCUCUUGAUUUCUUUUUUGGAUGGUUUGCUCAACCAGUAACCUUUGGUCAUUAUCCGUUAAGUAUGAGAUUAGCAGCGAGAAAUAGACUCCCCAAAUUCACACCAGCAGAAUCGAAGUUGCUGAAAGGGUCUUUAGAUUUUCUUGGAUUGAAUUAUUAUACUUCCAAUUAUGCAGAAGCUGCUCCUUUAACAAGUAUUCAUAACCAAAGUUAUAGUGGAGAUAGACAAGCUACUCUCACUGCUGACAAAAAUGGAAUUCCAAUUGGGACCCCGACUGCAUUGGGGUGGCUGUUCAUCUAUCCACAGGGCAUCAGGAAGCUUCUGCUGCAUUUAAAAGAACAUUACAAUAAUCCAGAAAUUUACAUCACAGAAAACGGACUUGCUGACGCAAGAAACGACACUUUGCCUGUUAAAGAAGCUAUCAAGGAUAGCUUAAGGAUAAGAUACCUUCAUGGCCACCUCUCAUAUCUUGCUCAAGCUAUAAGGGAAGGUGUAAGGGUGAAAGGAUACUAUGUUUGGACAUUUUGGGACGACUUUGAAUGGGAUGCUGGCUAUACAGUCCGUUUUGGCAUAACUUAUAUUGACUACAAAGACAAUUUGAAAAGAUACCUCAAGUAUUCUGCUUAUUGGUUGAAGAGGUUCCUCCUUCAUUAGUAUUAAUGUCACUAAUAGGAAUGAGUGAGAGACUAUACCUUGCUCGUUUUAUCUAGAAUAAAUCAAUGAGUAGUUAUACUUACACUCAUGGAUAUUUUUAUCUCUAAUACAUCAAUUAUCCACUAUGUAUUAAAUUUUUAUCAUGGAUAUUUUUAAGUGAUUAUCACAUUUAAUUAUAUGGUGUUAGAUAAUAGUUCUCUUUGAGACAGAACAAA